AUGAAUUACAUCCGGAUCACUUUAGAUAUAGCGUUGAGUGUCCACUCCAUUAAACAGGAUUACUAUGGGCGCAGAUUCCAAUGUGGGAAACAUAUUGUGUUAUUUCAGAUGACAUUCCAUCUUCUGAUAGCAAGCCCGGAAACCCGCCCUUAUCUCGAACCUUACCAGAUACUUCAAAUUCCAAGGCCGUGCGGAGAUUACAUUUAG